AUGAAGACAACCCACUCUAGCGGUGGAAUGUCGUCAGGCAGCCAAUUUCCACUUGACUCUUUCGAGUUACCCGAAAGCGCACUCGCCAGUACAAAGAUUGACGGAUCUCACGAAUUCCUUCAGUCCAUGGCUAGAACGGAACUCAACUGGCCCUCCAAGACUCCUCCGUCCUUCGGCUCUGGGACAGAGAGUUCACCAUCACUCUCGUCAUCGUUCGAUUUCAUGGAUGUCCCGAAAGAAGAGCCCAUUCCAAACGGUCUGCCUCUGGUGGACAAUUCUUCUAUGGUCCAUCCUCCCAGCAGGAUCAUUAUACCUCAGUCCCAGGAUACGCCGUUCAUUGCAGAUACUCUGGCAGGAAAUAACAGCCUCCCCUCUUCACUCCAUUGGUCAAUGGGCACUGAAGCCGAAUCUUGGAAUACCCAAUAUCACUCAUACAGGCAAGAAUGGCCAGUUCAUUCAACUAUGACACCCUUGUCGUGGCCGACAUCCGAAAAUAUGGAUCUCAGCUGCCCGGACACUCAGCUCAUAACUCCCUACAACUUCACCCACACCAAUCUACUAUCAACUCAUGACAACCACACCACUCUACCCUCAUCUACCUCAAUGCCAGGCGAGUCAGACCACCUCUCAACCACACCUCUAGCUAUGGGAACCUUCCAACCCCAUCAUUCCAACAAUCUACCAACCUACACCGGUCUACCUUCCAUGACAAGAUGCAACACCUCAUUCCCUGCCCCAAGCUCUUCAACCAUCCACCCGGCGCCCGCACAGCUCCAACCCGAGAGCCCAGCCAUAAAAGCGAGUCUCCACUACAGUGACGCGCGCAAUGCGCUCCUCAUUGAAUGGAAGCGCGCCGGAAUAUCCUACAAAGAUAUCAAGCGCAUGGGCGGCUUCAAAGAAGCCGAGUCAACCUUGCGCGGACGAUUCCGAACUCUCACCAAGGCUAAAGAGCAACGGGUGCGGAAACCGAAAUGGCUUAAGCGAGACAUCCAACUCCUAUGCGAAGCAGUAGCUAUCUGCUCGGGGCCGGUUCCACCGUCUACUACGGGGUAUACAUCCCUCGCACAAGCAAACAUGGCCAUGGCUAUGGCUGGACAGCCGCCCAAGGUAUCAUGGAAGAAGGUUGCGCAGUAUAUCUGGAGUCAUGGGGGAUCUUAUCAGUUUGGGAAUGCGACGUGUAAGAAGAAGUGGUGUGAUAUUCAUGGGAUUAAGAUCUAA